GAUGUGACAUCUGUCACAUCGCGCGGGUCCACGUGCGUUUCGUUGCGCUCGUCCGUUUGAGCAAAUUUUCCAUCACGCUUCUUUUGUUUCCGAAGAUGGAUAAAGAUUCGUCCGCGAGAAAGAGACUCGAUUACAACGACAAGAUCGUUCUAGCGCCAAUGGUGCGCAUCGGAACCCUUCCGAUGCGUUUGCUCGCUCUUGAUUACGGCGCGGAUAUUGUUUACACCGAGGAACUGAUCGACAGGAAGCUGCUUCGUUCGUUUCGCCGGGAGAAUGAUGUUCUAGGCACGAUUGAUUAUAUUGAUCAGACGGAUGGUACUGUAGUGUUUCGUACUUGUUCUCGGGAAAAGGAACGCUUGGUCCUGCAAAUCGGCACGUCCGAUCCGGAGAGAGCGGUCGAAGUUGCGCGUAUGGUCGAAAAGGAUGUUGCAGGCAUUGACGUCAACAUGGGUUGUCCGAAGAAGUUCUCCUUGCUUGGCGGAAUGGGCGCGGCUCUUCUCAAAGAGCCCGGGAAAGCGGUCGAUAUUCUGAACAAAUUGGUUGAAAAUGUCGCGAUUCCGAUAACUUGCAAGAUACGCGUGCUGUCCGAUCUCGAGGAGACUCUCCGGCUUUGCGACACCUUCGCCGCCACCGGAAUCGCGGCCAUUGCCGUUCACGGUCGCACGAUCGAGGAGAGACCGCAACAUCCCAAUCGCAAUCACGUUCUCAGGGAGAUCUCGAACAGACUUUCGAUACCGGUUAUCGCGAACGGCGGUUCCAGAGACAUUCAAACCUAUUCGGAUAUACUCAGGUUUAAGGAAGAAACGGGUUGCAGCAGCGUGAUGCUUGCGCGCGCGGCCGAAUGGAAUUGCUCGGUGUUUCGCAAGGAGGGUCCGCUCCCGAUGGAGGACGUUAUAAAGUCAUAUUUGAAGUACGCGGUUGACUGCGACAAUUCGCCUUCGAAUACGAAAUACUGCGUGCAGAAUAUUCUACGGGAGUUGCAGGAAUCUCCUCUGGGCAGAAGAUUCCUCGACUCGCAAACGCUUGAACAGAUAUGCGAAGUGUGGGAAUUGGGCGAUUAUUGCCGAUCCAGAAGCAAAGAGUUUCGAAACAACGGUUUGUUGGAUCGAUUUCACGUGUCGCCGAUAAUUCUCGACACGGCGAACGGUUGCGGCGAUUCUCGCAAGAGAAAAAUCGACGAGGACAACGACGUCUCCUCGAUGCGUUGCGCGUUUUUGAGAAACAGCUACACCUCGGAUUUGGAUCUGCCUAAGACGCGAUUGCUCAAAUGGACCAAAGAAAAUCGCAAGAAGAUGCCGGUUUACAACACACGUCAAGAGGACAAACUGUUCUGUUCCGUGGUCACUGUUGACGGCAAGAAAUACGGUUCCUCUUUCUGGGAGAAGAACAAAAAAUACGCCGAACAAGGAGCCGCUCUGGUGUGUCUCUACUUCCUGGGGAUUGUCGACCAGGAGAGUCUCACGGCCGGUGGUAACAUUCCUUUACGAUGACAUCGACUUUUUUAUUCGAUCACUUGUACAUUUCGUAUACGGUCACACAUUUUAUAAAUUAUAUUUUAUAUGUUAUAUAAAAAGUUUGUAAUAUACAUACAUACAUAUACAUAUAUAUAUGUAAAUACUGACCCGUUAACUAAGAAUUCACAGACCUAUUUGCUGUCGGUUCAAUAAUUUAGAUAAAUUGAUAAUAUUGCGAAGUGUGCGUCAGGGUCACCAUUUUAUUUAUUGUUUUCAGUUUGAAAAUCAAUGAACGUUUCACAUGCGAUGUAUAUAUCUUACCACGUUGGCAUUUUUUGCGAUACAUAUAAUUCAUGCGCGCAUACAUAUUUAUAAAUUUCUCUUUAUUCAUUUAUAAAAAAAACGAGAGAGAAAGAUUAUAUCUCAAUUUGUGCGGCACCGAAACGUCAAAGAAAAACUUGUCCGCGCGCAUCUCUCACGUGACGUCUCGCGCGAGAAAUGUGAUGUAAAAUUUGUUAAUUAAACGCGAAACAACGACGCGAUUGAAGUAACAAAUGUGUUACGUUAAGU